CACGGAACACGCUGAACUGCGCAGUUAUGAAAAACCUGAAAAAUAUCUUGAAUUUCUUACCGGCCACAAGAUUUUGAAGGACAUUUUUGUUCAAUUUAACGGAUCCUUCGGAAUUUGAAGCGUAUUUCUUUCCUAUCGGUCUUACAGCGAAAAACGAACGCAGGCGACAUGGCUGAGCAUUCGAUCCCGAAAGACAUUCUCGACGAUCUUAGCAGUCGGUUUAUCAUUAACGUGCCGGAGGAGGAAAGAAAAGACCUCAUCAGAAUUUGCUUUCAAAUUGAGCUGGCGCAUUGGUUUUACUUGGAUUUUUAUUGCACCGAAGAAAAUCCGAAACUGAAGUCAUGUGGCAUGAAGGAAUUUGCCAUGCAUAUUUUUCAGCACAUACCAUUUCUGAAAACACACGUGGGGCAAAUAGAUACCAUUUUGGAACAGUGGCGUGAAUAUAAACAAAAUGUACCCACAUUCGGUGCAAUUGUCUUGAAUGAAGAUUUAACAAAAGUUCUUUUGGUACAAAGCUAUUGGGCACGAAGUGGAUGGGGCUUUCCAAAAGGAAAGGUUAACGAGGAUGAAGAUCCAUCCCAUUGUGCAGUUCGUGAAGUUUUAGAAGAAACAGGAUUUGAUAUCUCGAACUUAAUAGAUAAGAAUGAAUUUAUUGAAUCUACCAUAAAUGAUCAAUUGGUUAGAUUAUAUAUAAUAUCAGGUGUUCAAAAAGAUACGAAAUUUCAACCAAAAACACGCAAAGAAAUUAAAAAUGUUGAAUGGUUUUCUCUUGCUGAUUUACCUAAUACUAAAAAGGAUAAAACACCAAAAGUAAAAAUCGGGGUGGGAACGAAUGCCUUUUUCAUGGUCCUCCCAUUUGUAAAACGAAUGAAACGAUGGGUCCUAGAAAAACAUCAGCGGGACAAGAAUCUACUGAUACGUAGACAACGUCACAAGUCAAUGGGCGAUGUUGAAACUGUAUCAAAAAGUAAACGACAAACACAAAUGUUUUCUCAAUCUGUUCAGAGUGAAAUUCCAGAUUUUAAAAAUAUAAAGCAAUCAAAUACUUCACCGAUACGUAAUCGACGUGGUACAUACGAAGCUAAAAAUACACCAGCAAGAGCUGCAUUUAAGAGAAAUUUAUUCAGUGAAAUGGGAGAUGAUAAUUCACCACUUGCAAAGCAACUAAUUGAUAGCCCUCAGAAUGCUGAGCCUCAUUUGGUCUUGCGAGACCCAGCAAUACAAUCGAUUAAAUGUAAUGACUUUUAUAGCACAAACACACCAUUAACAGAAAAGGAGAAGAAAGGUGAUACAACAAUGUCUCAAAGUCCUCAUAAUAAGCUGCUACCAGAUGGAAAUAUAAAGUCCCUAUUAUUUGGGGAUGUCGCUAAAAAAUUACCUUCAGAUAUAACGAUGGUACCACCUUCAAUUAUGACAAUGGGAUUUAAUAUGUCACCAUUUAUUACGACAAGUUAUUUCGUAAGACCUGAACAGUUUUUUGAGUUUGGCUGCCCAAUUUGGACACAUUUUAAGUUUGAUAGACGAGCCAUACUAAAUUGUCUAUAAACUUGAAAAUAAGGAAUAUCAAAGCGACUAAAAAGUCAACCUUCACAUGUGAUUAUGUGUAAUUUUUCUAAGAAAGACAUUUAAUCCUGAAUAUCCAGGGUUUGUGUGAAAAGUGUACCGGUGAAUGGUGCUUCCAGCUAGAUAAGAACAUUCCUACAUGAAAGGAAUCAUUUCUAAAUCCGCGUAGCUUUAAUAUUUAACUAGAACCGUCUAGUUCAAGGAGCUAGUGAAAGUCAUGCGGAAACAAUUCUAAUUCAGUAUUAGAUGUAUCAUGUGAUAAUGAAUUGUUAUGAUAUUGCGUAAUAUUUGAAGAUGUUCUUAAGACAUGAUAUAAAUACAAUUCAUUGAUUGAAUUA